GGGGAAGAGCCCGAGCGCGAAAAGUUGAGAAACUUGUUUGUCAACUUCUGGCUCUGUGAGCCAGCCAGCUUGUUUAAAGAGCCGGAAAAGGGAGCGAGCGAGCCAUUGGGGAAGGGAAGCAUGAGAGCCGGCUGAGGCAGCCGCAGCCUGCCUGGGGAUUCUGGACGGAGAGACUGAGAGGGACCAGCGAGCAAAAUGAAUUCUGAAAGAGAUUCGGAAACGACCUUUGAUGAGGACUCCCAGCCCAACGAUGAGGUGAUGCCCUAUAGUGAUGACGAGACCGAAGAUGAAUUGGACAUCCAGCCUGCUGUUGAGCCAGAGCAAAACCGCAUCAAUAGAGAGGUGGAGGCAACCCGAGAAACCCUUAGGAAAGAUUGCAGCUGGCAAGUUAAAGCAAAUGACCGAGGCUUCCACGAACAGCCCCAAUUCAAGAAAACAACAUAUUGGUGCAUCAAGAAAAGCAUAUAUUCAGGGAAUGCAAUUAAAACCUACAAAUAUAAUCCAAUCACCUUCUUGCCAUUGAAUUUAUUAGAACAGUUUAAAAGGGCAGCCAACUUUUAUUUCCUGUGUCUACUCAUUUUACAGACAAUUCCUGAAAUAACUACCUUGUCGUGGUAUACAACCCUGAUUCCUUUACUGUUGGUUCUGGGCAUAACUGCAAUUAAAGACCUCGUGGAUGAUAUAGCUCGACAUCGGAUGGACAAUGAAAUUAACAACCGCACAUGUGAUGUAAUCAAAGAGGGCAGGUUCCAAGAAACAAAAUGGAAAGACAUUAAAGUUGGCGAUGUCAUCCGCCUGAAGAAGAAUGCCUUUGUUCCUGCUGAUAUUCUGCUGCUGUCCAGUUCAGAACCUAAUAGCCUUUGUUAUGUAGAGACAGCUGAACUAGAUGGUGAAACCAACUUAAAGUUUAAAAUGUCUCUGGAGGUAACGGACAAAUACCUUCAAGAAGAAAAUGCACUGGCAACAUUUGAUGGUUUGAUAGAAUGUGAAGAACCCAACAAUCGUCUAGAUAAGUUCACAGGAACCUUGAGCUGGAGAGGAAGGAGAUACGCACUGGAUGCUGACAAAAUCUUGUUACGUGGCUGUAAAAUCCGGAACACAGAUGCUUGUCAUGGGCUUGUCGUAUUUGCAGGAGCAGACACAAAAAUAAUGAAAAACAGUGGAAAAACACGGUUUAAAAGGACUAAGAUUGACUCUCUUAUGAAUUACAUGGUUUAUACGAUCUUCGUUUUACUCAUCUUGGUGUCUGCUGGUCUGGCUAUUGGACACACCUACUGGGAGCAGCAGAUUGGCAAUCAUUCUUGGUACCUCUGGGAUGGACUGGAUUAUACCCCUUCAUACCGCGGCUUCCUUAACUUCUGGGGCUACAUUAUUGUCCUUAACACUAUGGUUCCCAUUUCUCUCUAUGUGAGUGUUGAAGUGAUUCGUUUGGGCCAAAGCUAUUUUAUCAACUGGGACUUGCAAAUGUAUUACCCAGAGAAGGAUACAGCUGCUAAGGCCAGAACUACCACUCUGAAUGAACAGCUUGGACAAAUCCACUACAUCUUCUCAGAUAAGACUGGGACACUGACACAGAACAUCAUGACGUUCAAAAAAUGUUGUAUAAAUGGACACACCUAUGGCGAAAUCAGGGAUAAGAUGGGCCAACCUCGUAAUCAUCCUGAGCAAGUCGACUUCAGCUGGAACAUGUAUGCAGAUGGGAAGCUUGCCUUCUAUGAUCAGUAUCUGAUUGAACAAAUUAGGUCUGGGAAAGAACCUGAAAUCCAACAGUUCUUCUUCCUGCUUGCACUUUGCCACACAGUGAUGGUGGACACUAGUGAUGGUGAACUCAACUAUCAGGCAGCCUCUCCCGAUGAAGGGGCAUUAGUAACGGCAGCCAGAAAUUUUGGUUUUGUUUAUCUUUCACGGACACAAAAUACCAUCACAAUAAGCGAGUUGGGGACUGUAAAAACAUAUGAUGUUCUUGCCAUCUUGGACUUCAACAGCGAUAGAAAACGGAUGUCUGUUAUCACAAGAGAACCAAACGGAAGAAUCCGGCUUUAUUGUAAAGGGGCAGACACAGUGAUUUAUGAACGGCUGCAUCCAAGGAAUCCUAAAAAGCAGGCUACGCAGGAAGCACUAGAUAUCUUUGCAAACGAAACCCUGAGAACGUUAUGCCUUUGCUACAAAGAUAUUAGCAAUGAGGAAUAUGAGGCAUGGAAUAGAAAAUUCAUGGCUGCAAGUGUUGCUUCAACAAACCGUGACGAAGCUUUGGAUAAAGUAUAUGAAGAAAUUGAAAAAAAUCUAAUUCUCUUGGGUGCCACAGCAAUUGAAGACAAGUUACAGGAUGGUGUUCCUGAAACAAUAUCCAAACUGGCAAAAGCAGAUAUUAAGAUCUGGGUGUUGACGGGCGACAAGAAAGAAACUGCUGAAAACAUUGGGUUUGCUUGUGAACUCUUAACAGAUGAAACUACUAUCUGCUAUGGAGAAGAUAUCAGUACACUUCUGCAAAUGAGGAUAGAAAACCAGAAGAACAGAAGUGGAGCAAAUCUAAAUUCAUCUGUGAGAGCCAAUGAGCCCUUUUUUGAGUCUGGCAGCAACCGAGCUUUAAUCAUCACUGGCUCCUGGCUGAAUGAAAUUCUCUUGGAGAAGAAGAAGAAGAAGAAGAAAUUCCUGAAGCUGAAAUUUCCAAAAACGGCAGAAGAAAAACAGAAGCAGCUUCAGACUAAAAGGAGAGCCGAGGUGAACAAGGAGCAGCAACAGCGAAACUUUGUGGAUCUAGCUUGCGAGUGUAGUGCAGUGAUCUGUUGCCGAGUAACUCCCAAGCAGAAAGCCAUGGUGGUUGAGCUGGUGAAGAAAUACAAGAAAGCCAUAACUUUAGCCAUUGGAGAUGGUGCCAAUGAUGUGAAUAUGAUUAAAACUGCCCAUAUUGGUGUUGGAAUAAGUGGACAAGAAGGGAUGCAAGCGGUCAUGUCCAGUGACUAUUCUUUUGGCCAAUUCAGAUACCUCCAAAGGUUGCUACUUGUUCAUGGCCGGUGGUCAUACAUACGGAUGUGCAAGUUCCUUCGAUACUUCUUCUACAAAAACUUUGCAUUUACAUUAGUUCACUUUUGGUAUUCCUUCUUCAAUGGCUAUUCUGCCCAGACGGCCUAUGAAGAUUGGUUUAUCACACUCUACAAUGUAUUGUACUCCAGCCUUCCAGUUCUUCUUGUUGGCCUGCUUGACCAGGAUGUGAGUGACAAACUAAGCCUGCGGUUCCCUGCCUUGUACCUGUCAGGACAGAAAGACUUACUUUUUAACUACAAGAAAUUCUUCAUAAGCCUCCUACAUGGUGUUAUAACAUCGCUGAUUAUUUUCUUCAUACCAUAUGGUGCUUAUCUACAAACCAUGGGUCAAGAUGGAGAAGCGCCUUCAGAUUACCAGUCAUUCGCUGUCACAGCAGCCUCUUCCCUCAUAAUUGCCGUCAAUUUCCAGAUUGGCCUGGAUACAUCUUACUGGACCUUCGUUAAUGCUUUCUCAAUAUUUGGGAGUAUUGCACUGUAUUUUGGUAUAAUGUUUGACCUACACAGUGCUGGGAUACAUGUCCUCUUUCCAGCUUUUUUUCAGUUUACAGGUACUGCUCCAAAUGCCCUCCGACAGCCGUAUAUCUGGCUGACAAUAAUUUUAUCGGUUGCUUUUUGCUUGCUGCCUGUGGUCGCGCUCCGUUUCUUGACCAUAUCGAUUUGGCCUUCAGAAAGCGAUAAGGUUCAGAAGAAUCGCAAGAAAUACAAGGCUGAAGAACAGUGGAAGCGGAGGCAAAGCGUUUUCCGUCGUGGGGUAACAGGCCGUCGAUCUGCUUAUGCCUUCUCCCAUCAGCGAGGCUACGCUGACCUCAUUGCUUCUGGGCGGAUCAUUCGUAGAAAGCGAGCAUCAUUAACUGCAGUACUUGACAACAAUUUGGCAGAAGUUAGACAAGCUGAAGAAGCCAGCUGAUGACUUCAGCAUCUCACUGGAAGUGUGUGUUUUUUUAUAAAAAAUUGCACAAAGUUUUUAUUUUUUUAUGAAGAGACUCAGGAUUUUUUUUAAAAAAAAAAAUAUAUAUAUAUAUAUGCAAGGUUAUGAAGACAGUCUAAUUUUUGUUUUCAUGCUACUUGGUUUGGGACAGUUGAACUGAAGAACCAAGUGGUGUUUUUAAACCUUGAUCCUGUGUAAAUAUUUGUUUAAUGUGAAAUUGAAGGAUAGCAAUAAUCCAGGGACAACAAAGCCCAGUUUGUAAGGCUUUUUCUCUCUCUUCUAAAAUGGUACUUUAAAUCUGUUUAUUACAAUCAUGAAAUCAAAUUUCAGCUGUUUCAUGCCUCAACACCAAAGAUGAACAAUUUAGAAACAAAACAAAACAAUUGUGUAUGCCACUUCAUUCCAUUAAUUUAUUCAGCUAUAAAGGCAAUUUUAGGUAACCAAAGACAUUUCUCCCCCCCCCCUUUAAGUUAACUGUACUGUUUUACUUUGCAAACAAUAGGAGCCUAAUUCACUAAGCAUAGGUUAUAUUGGGCCACGCAACAUACUUUAAUAAUUUUCAGGGAUUUGGGUGGAAAAGGUCAGUAUAUUUUACAUUUCUAAUCAGAUUAGUCUCCUUUUAUACACACUUGCAUCGGUCCAAGAAGCACUGCUAGAUUGCCACAUGCAUUCAUCGUGAUGGGCUUUUCCUGGGAAAAUCCCACUAAAAAUAAGCAUCUCUUAAGCCAGAACAUUUGUACAAUCGAUUGUACAAUAGCAGUGCUUGGAAGACUGUAGCAUUUUUCUAGGCUCAUGAUUUACACCACAGCUUUUAAAGCCAAGCCUCUUUAUGAAAUGUUUUUCAAAUCUGAGAAAAAGAGAAUGGAGGUUAAUUUUUGCCAUAAUUUCAUGGGGAUGGGUUGGUUCCUGUUUGUUCUUUAUCAAGGUAUUGGGCAGCUUAACAGCUGCCUUGCCAUGGGCCAAUUCAUAUGUUAGGUAUUUCUUAUCUAGGUAUUGUUAUUGUGUGGACAAUGCAUAGCCUUCAAGCAGGUAACUCAGUCCUCCUGCUUGAAGAGUACGUGAAUUGUCAUUUUGUCCACAUGUACAUCUGAUGAAAUAGCACAUCUUGGUUCUUUAUGCAUGAUAUGCAUACGUUUUAUAUGUGUCUUGUAUAUAGAAAUGAGUCUGUCCGUGCAGGAAUGAUGACAUGUCUGAAUCAUCCCAAACGGAACAAAAUAUUUGUUCACUUGGUGGAAAUUUCAAAAUACAAAUUUGAGCAAGAGGAUAGUUCAUCAUGAGGAUGAACAUAUUUCACUAUGUUUUAAUAGUAAAAAAAAUACAGCAUUUUUGUGAAUCAUGUUUAUUUUAACAUGUUAUAUCUUUUCUCUUGAUUUUCUGCUCUGGGAUCUAUAAGUGGUUUACAUUUCAAAACAUUCAGCAUCCACCAAUUCAUCUCGUUAAAUAUUCACAAUAUAGUUCUACCUUCUUUGUAGUCCAAUGUAUAAAUUCAUUUUCUGUGUGACAAUUGUACAUUUCUUCAUUAUUAUUUAAUGUGGGAAGGUUUACAGCUGUUCUUUUCAGUAAGUGGUAGAACACUGUGUUUCAUUUUCAAAGUUUGAUUUAUCUCAUUAAAAGUUGAGGAAGUAGUUAGCUGUAUGUUUCAGGCUUCUAAUGAGGGUGCAAUAGCAGUGUUUUAAUGUGUAACUUGAAAUUGAUGCUCCAUUCACUUGUAUCUGAACUAUAAAAUGUGCAAAUUUGUUUAAAAACAAUGGAAUAUACCUUAAUUUUUUUUAAAAAAUUAACUGAUGGCGGGGGGUGUUUUCACUAGUCUGAAUAGUUAUUUAAUUAAAGUGUUUUUGCAGAUA